AUGCUGAACUGCACCAUAACCCAGCAGAACCACUCCUCCAACGAGACACUGCCACCCAUCUCAGAGAGGCUCCACAGCAUCCUCAUAGCCCUGUACAUCAUCGACCUGGCUGGAGGCACCCUUGGGGUCAUCAUGAUGUCCCAUCAGUUAUUCCAGCGGCGAUCACGGUCUGUGAUAACCACCUUCAUCGUCAGCCUGCUGGUGCUGCACACCUUCCUGCUGCUCAGCAUCCCCUUCCGCCUCAGCUAUUACAUCUUAAGGGAAUGGAAGUUCGGGAGGCUCGCCUGCAAGCUCACAAGUGUCAUCCUAUACAUCCACAUGUAUGGCACCUUUGCGUUCUAUGUGGGCAUCAUCACCAUACGCCUCUUCCAACUCGAGUUCAGGAGGUGCUACACUACAGCCUGGGUGGGUGCUGUCUGGUCGCUGGCAGCCCUGGUGAUCACCCCUCUUCUUCUGUCCUAUUAUGGCACCUCUAAGACAUACCACCCCUCUGAAUGCUUCCAGUUCCAGAGGGAGAUACAGGAAACACACAUGGUGAUCAUCAACUACUGCCUGGUUGGGGUUCUGGUGGCAGUUUGUGCUGUGCUCACUGUAAUGCAGCUGUUUGUGAUCUAUAGACUGGCUGUGAGGUACUGGCCUGACAUCAACUCCCAUGUGGAAUUCAGGGCUCAGGCAAAGAGCUUCUUCUUCAUCUUGGUAACAUUAGUGUGCUUUAUGCCUCAUCAUGCGUUCAGAGUGUAUUACAUCCAGAACUACCACCUGGAUAAAGACUACAAACUGCUCUUGUACAAUGAAGUCUUUCUAGCUUUAACAACAAUGUGCUGCUUGGAUAUGUUGUGCUUCCUAACAGGAAUAGCCCACUGA